GUUUCUUCCUGGAGCGGCCAUCGCAGCAUCUCGCUCCAAAUGCGUGCCACAACAGACGUCUUCGCCGGCACAAUCGUAAAGUAAGCUCUCUGUGUGUGUGACUGAUUAGGGUUUUGUAUUCAGUGUUGAAUUGCAUUGUUUGUGUUUUUGUUUUCCUGUGAUUUACUGAUGGAUGCUUUUGAGUUGUUAUUUCUCUGAGGACCUUUCUCUGUUCGAGUUUCUUACCUUCAUGGCUUCGCUAUACGUUGAACAUUUCUGAACUGUUGAAUAUCUGCGCCCGUAUGCUGUUAAGGAUGUCUGCUGCUGCAUUUAUGAUUUCUUGAAGAAAUUUUGAUUUCCAAUUUUAUUCAAUGUGUAGGCAGUGCAGCAAUCUUUUGUAGCUUGGGUUUUGUAGUUGCCAAUUCCUUGGAUGCAUCAUCUCAAGUUGUUGUGAUCAUUGGCUUGUCUCAUUUGCCUGCAACAUAUUGGUAUGUGUGAGAAAAUGAAGUCUUUUAACUUGGCCAUCUGAGCUGUAUGAAGAUUGAAAGCCAGCAGAAUUGGUUUUUCUGAGUUCCAUAAAACAUAGCUAAGACGGGGUCGCUUUGUUGUGUGGCUGCUAGGCCACAUGGAUCCAAUGCAGCCAGUAGAGAGUGGUCCAUGGGUCCACAUGAGCCAUACUGGCGAACGAACACCAGCUUCUCACCUCCACCAUCAAGGUGGGAUUUUCGAUUUGAAACUGAGAGGCUACCAGAUGGAUCUAAUGAUGUUGUUCAACUGCACGGAUCUUCCACAUCAUCAAGUAGGAACUGGGUGAGGGGCGACCAUCGUUCCAAUCAUCAAUAUUCUACAUCUGAUGGUGCUGGGGCAUAUUUUAGUAGUCCAUCUGAUAUCUCCCCAGCCCCACAAUGGAUCCCUCCAGCAGUACAGGGAUUCAAUGUUGAUGAUUAUGACCCUGCAGCAAGAAGAGAUUCAGUUUCGGGGCCAUACUAUACACCAACCAUGGAGGGAACGUCUGCAAUUGUAGACAGUGGGGGUUCUACUUCUUCCCGUUCUGAUGGUAGCGAGUGUGAGCCCAUGGCCAAGUUGCACUUAUUUACUCAUCGCAAUGUCUCAAGUCGUCGAUCCUUCAUGUCAAAACCUAUCCAUCCCUUGUCUUUUCCAACCCAAACCCCUACUAGAGAGGCUUCUGACGCUGCAGUUACCGGCUAUUCAGAAAAUGAGGCAGCCACUCCACAAAGAGAUGUCCACCGCUGGAGCAGUGCUAGCAGCAGCAUUGAUUAUACUGAUGUUUCUGAGCAAUUUGAUGCUGAAAUUUCUGGUCGAUCAUAUGCAUCAGAGGGUUUUAAAUGUGGAUUAUGUGAGAGGUUUCUUUCACAGCGAUCACCUUGGAGUUCUCGCCGGAUUGUGAGAAGUGGAGACAUGCCAAUUGCUGGGGUUCUUUCGUGUUGUCAUGUUUUUCAUGCAGAAUGCUUGGAUCAGAUAACCCCGAAGACUCGUAAGAAUGAUCCUCCUUGCCCUCUUUGUGUCAAGUCAGAGGAGGACAAUUCCCCAGAACAGCGGGCUUUUUCUAGGUUGAAAAGUGGGUUCCCCAGGCUUAGACCUUUUUGUGAGGAUGGGCCAUCAAAACCUUGGGGCUGUGCACAAGCAGGAGACUGUGUUGAGGGCGCUUUGCAUGCACCCCCCCAAAAUGCUAUGUUGUUGCUUAAUAGAAAUCGUAUAAAAAAGAACCUUUCUUUGAAGGGAAAUUCCAGCAAGGAUUAUCCAGGUAAGCUGAGGAAAAAUGGGUCAUGUUCUUCGCAACUGCUGACUGGAAGGCCCAUUGAUCAGGCAGCCGUUGGUUGCUCGAAGGCAGCAGCACCUGGCUCAUGUGUGAAGAGAUGAUGCAAGUUGUGUAUAGAUUUGGAUGUCCUGAAAAUUUCAUAGGUUGAAAAUUAUCUGUAUGUUUAUUGCUGUAAGAUUGAUUCAAGUGUACUCACUGAUUUGAUUUUUGAUUUUUCAGACUAUGUUGUAUAGACUUGAAUGUGGGACUUGUGGGUUGAAGUUUCUGUUUGUACAAGUCAAAUGCGUUUAUACCUCA